AUGAUUAAAACGGCAAAUUGGCUUGAGUACAACAAGUAUCAAGAGAAUCUUCGAGCCAUCUCCCUAGCUAGCAGUCAGAAGCGAAACAUCACACAAAGGUUCAUGGACUAUGAUGAUCUUGAAUAUCUGGCCACUGUGACAAUCGGAACACCACCACAAGAGUUCAAUGUGAUUCUUGACACUGGAUCCACCGAUUUUUGGGUGCCGUCGAUUAACUGUAAAAAAUCUCCAUGCAAAGAGAAAAAGCGCUUCAACCCAACCAAGUCAAGCACGUACGCGAAUAUGAGUGGUAAAUGGCAAAUUCAAUAUGGAACAGGCAAUGCGAAUGGGGAAUUUGGAAAGGAUACUGUUAGAUUUGGUCCCAAGGAUAACACGUUUCUUACGAUUCCUCAAGUUAGGAUCGGCGAGGCAACGGAGAUUGCCUCUUUCUUUCACGAUAAGCCACUCGAUGGGAUUCUUGGUUUCGGUUUCCAGUCACUGUCCGAUUACAAAUAUUCCCCAGUGUUUAUGGAAGCGUACAAGAAAAAGCUGGUCGACGAGCCGAUCUUCACUGUUUACUACGAGAAACGCGGUGAACAAGACGGUGCCGAUGGUGGCCAAAUCACUUUUGGAGGAGUGGAUACAGAUCAUUGUGGAGAGGUUGCAUAUAAAGAUCUCACUCAUGCAGCAUAUUGGCAAUUUACGGUGGAUCGCGUUCAAAUGGGCGAUUCAUCACAUGAGGGACCGUUUGAAGUGAUUUCCGAUACGGGCACAUCAGCCAUCAUCGGGCCUCUCGAUCUCAUGAGCAGCAUGCUUCAAAAGAUCUCGGCUCAGAAUUUGAAAGGAGCUUUGGUUGCUGAUUGUGCCACUAAAAUCACUUUCGAUAUCACCAUCGGAGGAAAGGUUUACGCGAUUCGCCCAGAAAACUAUCUUCUUGAUCUAAAAGUUGAUGAUAAAUGCGCAUUGGCUAUUGGUGCUGAUUACAGUAUGGACUCAGAUGGAUUGGCUUUUAUAUUGGGUGCUCCAUUUCUGCGUCAAUUCUGCAACAUUCAUGAUAUGGGAAACAAGAGAAUUGGAUUCGCCACGAUUCUUGGAAGAGCAUCAGCUGGUGGAAAAAUGAUCCUCAAAUGUUACCUUGUGACUCUCAUCCUUCAAACUUUAUUAAAUUUUAUAUUU